AUUCCACUGACUUCAGGCGCUGUUCUUGGUUUGGGUUCGUUUCUGCGAUCACGGACAUGCGAUGGAAAGUGGCAGAUGUGAGCAACACCACCAACCAACCAACCAACCUGCGCUUCAAGCGACGACAUGCGGCCACAGCAGCAGCAGCACCACCACCACCAUCAACCUUGCUCGCUUCCUUCCCAGAAAAGUCACCAUUUACCUCUCAGAUCAUCAUCAGACUUUGCGCCACACAUCAUCACGCCACACACCCAUCACCUCUCGCCCUGUCCUCUCUCAUCUCAAACUCCCAACUCAAUCCGAUCUCAAGUCAACCAAUCUCCCUUCUCCACACAAGUUGUCUGUGACCACUUUCCUUCCACGUCGCAUUACAUUACUGCAGUGUAGUCUCCUCACUAGAACAGAACAGAAGUAACAGAUCCCCAGCAACAACAACAACGACAACAACACAUACCCUCCCACCCUUACUCAACAAGAUGGCCACUCCCAUGACACGAACAACAAGGAGAGCGCUGUCCGUCAGUGCCCAAGCCAGCCGGGCUGCGGCCGCGGCCGCGCAGACCGCACCGCGCACGCGCACCAAGAUCAUCUCCCCGGCCACCAUCAUGCGCGGCAGCUCUGCGGCGAACAAGUCGUCCGCAGCCGCCAUGCGCGUCGGCAGGACAUCGGGCCGCCCAGACCUGCGCUACCACGCGGCAAAAUUCCCGCCGACGGAGGUCAUGUCGCGCCCUCCCACCGCCUGCACCGCCCGCCAGAUGCACACGUCGACGCGCUUCAUGCGCGCAGAACCCGCACCCGCAGCCCCCAGAAAUAGCAGCAACACUGCUGGCAGUGCGACGAAACGCGCGUCGCUCAAGGCACGCGGCCUGCUCAAGCAGCAGCCGCUGGCCCGCCCGCGCCCGGACAUGCGCUACCACGCGGCCAAAUUCCCGCCCUCGCAGAUGCUGAGCCGGCCCCCGACCAUGCCCAGCGCCCGCUUCCUGCACACAACGGCGUGCGCCCUGAGGAGAAGUCGCAAGACGCUGCAGAGCGCCAACGCGGAGGCCGUGGUUGAAGAAGUGCCCGACGACGGCAAGCAGGCGCAAAACGAGCAGCAGAGCCAGGGCGAGGAGCAAGUCAAGCAGCGCCAGCCCUCGGUCGCGCUCAAGGACAAGAAGAUUGUGUUCCUGGGCAGCGGCAAGAUGGCGGAGGCGAUGAUGGGCGGCAUGGUCAACGGCGGUGCCGUGGAGGCAACGCAGGUGACGGCGUGCGACCCCAACGCGGGCCGCCGCACCUACCUCAAGGACCGCUUCCACAUCCUCACCACGGCAAACAACGCCUCUGCCGCCAAGGGCGCUGACAUUCUCAUCCUCGCCGUCAAGCCGCAGACCAUGGCGCUCGUCUUUGACAGCAUCCGCGACACCAUUUCCAAGGACUGCCUGGUCGUGUCCAUUGCUGCCGGCUUCACGCUGAGCCAGAUCCGCGAGGGCCUCGGCGUCAAGCGUGUCGUGCGCGCCAUGCCCAACACGCCCGCCCUCAUCAACGAAUCCAUCACCAGCUGGACGUUUACGCAGGAGGUGUCGCCGGAGCAGCGGCGCCAGGCCAAGGAGCUCCUCAGCGCCUUUGGUGCAGAGGUGCUGCUCUCCGACGAGCGCAUGCUGGAUAUGGCCACCGCCCUCUCCGGCAGCGGGCCCGCCAUGUGCCAGCUCAUGUUCGAGGCCAUGAUUGACGCCGGCGUGCACAUGGGCUUUGCGCGCGACGUGUCCCGCAAGCUCGUGCUGCACACGGUCCGCGGCGCGGUCAACCUGGCCCUGGCCUCUGGCGAGCACCCGUCGAUGCUGAAGAACGACAUCACCUCCCCUGGCGGCACUACGGCGGCUGCGCUGUACCAGCUUGAGCGCGGCGGCAUGCGCACCGUCUUCUCUGACGCCAUCUGGGCCGCGUACCGCCGCUCGCGUGAGCUUGGCGGCCUCGACUCGUGCAUUGGGCCCGGCCGCUUCCAGGUCGGCACCCAGCUUGAGCUGCCAGAGGAGCUUGUGGAGAACCUGCAGCAGGCCACGGAGGCCAUCAGCGCCGUCAAGGACGAGAUUGCCGAGCUGCACAGCGACGACGACUCCACCACCACUGCUUCCAACAACAAGAAGCAGCAGUAAACCACCCACCCGUAACCGACCGACCGACCGACCAACAAGAGCAGAAACGGAUGCCAUCCGAUACCAACCCACCACCACCAACAACAACAACAACAACAACAACAACAUGAUGUCACGAUUUUGUUAUCCUGCUUGUGACCCAUUUGUUUUUGUCGUUUGUUGAUCCCUACAAACUGCCGUGUUCCCUUCUUUUCUUUGGUUUCCUUUAUGCCAUUGAACGGACACACAAUUCCCCCGUUGAUGACGUUCACUGGUGGCUCCCUUGCUUGCUUGUUGGGGCCAUCCAUCUAACUUUGCUGCCACCCAUGCCAUGCUGACCUGCUUGCCCUGCCUCGCUUGCCUGACUGAAACAACUUCCCUCUGAAAGACUGAAUUCAGUUUAAGCAUACACCGAAAAUUUCGUGGACAA